CUAGCUAUAUAGUCAAAUUAAAGAGAUCACAAGAUGAAAGAAAUUGUGUUGAGCAUUGUUGUGGCCUUCUCACUCACCACCCACCUUGUCAUGGCAGUGCGUCCCAACUAUGGAUAUGGAGGGUUCCCUGGAAGCACACAUCUUGUUGGUCGAGAUGGAUUGUGUUUAGAGAUGUUUCCAUGGUAUGAAAAAGAUUCUUAUUUUCCAACUCGAUUAUCGCCAUGCAACGUUCAGAAGAAACAGACGCAGUUAUGGACGGUCCUCCAAGAUGGCACGAUUCGGCCCAUGAAUGAUAAAUAUUGCUUGGUUGCUUAUUACCGCGUCGGCGUACUAAAUAAUGUGGUAGUAAACGACUGUAGUAAGGAGUCAAAUCCUAACAAGAUAUGGAACCAUAAGAAGGACGGAACGGUGGUCCACGUCGAGUCAGGGAUGGUUCUGACAGGAAAAUCAGAUGCAUAUGUGACGUUGGAACCGAAUGAAAAUGUGCCAUCGCAGAGCUGGGAAGCCACGGAAAGUUUAACCCCAAUGGUGGCCAACAUCAAAUGGCUUGACAAUCUUUGUCUGCAAUCUACAGAAGAUUCGAAUCAUGUGGGAUUGGAUGGAUGUAAUAGAGAAAACAUGAAGCAAAGAUGGGCGUUGUAUGGGGAUGGAACUAUACGACACAGUGUCAAUAGAAACUAUUGCUUGACUUCUGAACAAGAUGUGGGUCGUUUUAUAGUUGUGUCCAGAUGUGAAGACAAACCACAACAACGUUGGGGGCUUAGCGCUGAAGAUAGCACUAUUAACCACCCGGCCAAUACCGACAUGGUUAUGGAUGUGUUUAUGGUGCCGACAACCCUUGUACCAGCGGUCGUUAUGGGUCACCGUGAUGGAAGUCCUAGCCAACGAUGGAUCAUUUAUUGAUGAUAUAAAUAAGGAAGACGUGAAUCCACACAAAUCCAUGCAAUGUAAACGCCUUUGUACUUCUAAACUCUAAGCACAAAUAAAUAACUGUGGAUUCAUGUGUUUAAUU